AUGAAGAGCAAGGCUUCUGGAUUCUUGAAGCAGAUAAUAUCGGUGAUAACUACAAUUGCCAAGGCCAAGACACUGGCUCUCAAAACCAAAACCAGGGCCAUCAAGACUCGGUUGAUUAUAUUUUCCCUCUUGAGGAACAAGAAGAUUCUGAUGAGCUCCGUCUCUGACAAGCUGCGGGUUCUGAUGGGGCAGCAGCAGCAGCACGAAAACAAGAAACAAGAAGAUUCCGAUCAAGCUUCAGGGAAGAACGCUAUUGUGCUAUAUAAUUCUCUGUCUCAAGAGUCUCUUCCCAUUCCAACUCACACCGAAUUCCUGGAGGAUAAUUUUGAUUAUGAUGAUGAAAAUGGCAAGUAUCCGGACCUUACCCACUCCCUGUUUGAAGCAGAAGAUGUCGACUUUGAGGAUCCUGGAGGGUCUGUGAUAGACUUGGUGAAAAACUCAAAGCCAGAAGGGGAAGAGUUCAAACUGGAAGAUGAGAUAGACCAUGUUGCUGAAUUGUUCAUAAAGAGGUUCCAUCGUCAGUUGAGGUUACAGAAGCAACUUUCCUUCAAGAGGUAUCAGGAAAUGCUUGAAAGGAGCACCUAG